AUGGGGACGCGACACGCACACCCGCUCCUCCUCCGGAGGCGGCGUUGCCGUUGUGGUUGCGGGUCUCCCCGCGGGCUUUCUCAUCCCGCCCGCCCGGCUGCGGACACACACACACACACACACGCCCGGCCCGGCCCGGCCCGCAGCGGGGAGCGCAGGCCCCGCCUCUCCCCGCACCGACACGCCCCCCCCCGACGGACACGCCCCCCGACGGACACGCCUCCCGGACGGACAGGCCCCCUGGCGGACGAGGCCCCCCCCCCCCCCAGGUGGACACGUUCCCAGACGGACACGCCCCCCCAGACGGACACGCCCCCCGACGGACACGCCCCCCCCAGACGGACAGGCCCCCUGGCGGACGAGCCCCCCCCCCCAGGUGGACACGUUCCCAGACGGACACGCCCCCCCGACGGACACGCCCCCCGACGGACACGCCCCUCCAGACGGACACGCCCCCCGACGGACACGCCUCCCGGACGAACAGGCCCCCUGGCGGACGAGCCCCCCCCCCCCCAGGUGGACAGGUUCCCAGACGGACACGCCCCCCCAGACGGACACUCCCCCCGACGGACACGCCCCCUCCAGGCGGACACGCCCCCCCCGACGGGCACGCCUCCCGGACGGACAGGCCCCCUGGCGGACCAGCCCCCCCCCAGGUGGACACGUUCCCAGACGGACACGCCCCCCAGACGGACACGCCCCCAGACGGACACGCCCCUCCAGGCGGACACGCCCCCCGACGGACACGCCCCCCCGACGGACACGCCUCCCGGACGGACAGGCCCCCUGGCGGACGAGCCCCCCCCCCCAGGUGGACACGUUCCCAGACGGACACGCCCCCCAGACGGACACGGCCCCCCGGCGGACACGCCCCGCCGACGGACACGCCCCCCGACGGACACGCCGCCCGGACGGACACGCCCCCCCCGACGGACACGCCUUCCGGACGGACAAGCCCUCUGGCGGACGAGGCCCCCCCCCCCCCAGACGGACACGCCCCCCCGACGGACACGCCUCCCGGACGGACAGGCCCCCUGGCGGACGAGGCCCCCCCUCCAGGUGGACACGUUCCCAGACGGACACGCCCCCCCCGACGGUCACGACCCCCCGACGGACACGCCCCUCCAGACGGACACGCCCCCCGACGGACACGCCCCCCCCCAGACGGACAGGCCCCCUGGCGGACGAGCCCCCCCCCAGGUGGACACGUUCCCAGACGGACACGCCCCCCCGACGGACACGCCCCCCGACGGACACGCCCCUCCCGACGGACACGCCCCCCCGACGGACACGCCUCCCGGACGGACAGGCCCCCUGGCGGACGAGCCCCCCCCCCCCCCCGGUGGACACGUUCCCAGACGGACACGCCCCCCCAGACGGACACGACCCCCCGACGGACACGCCCCUCCAGGCGGACACGCCCCCCGACGGACACGCCCCCCGACGGACACGCCCCCCCGACGGACACGCCUCCCGGACGGACACGGUCUCAGACGGACACGCCCCCCUGCAGACGGACACGCCCCUCCAGACGGACACGCCCCUCCAGACGGACACGCUCCUGCCGGACACGCCCCCCCGACGGCAAAGCCUCCCAGCCGGACACGCCCCCCCGACGGACACGCCCCCCCGACGGACACGGUCUCAGACGGACACGCCCCCCUGCAGACGGGCACGCCCCUCCAGACGGACUCGCCCCCCAGUCGACGGACACGCCCCCACCAGAGGACACGCUCCAGACAGACACGCCCCCCAGACGGACACGCCCCCCCCGGCGGACUCGCCCCCCAGACGGUCACACCUCCCCCAGACGGGCGCGCCCACUGGAAGACACGCCUCCCAGAUGGACCCGCCCCCUGGCAGACGGACACACCUCCCAGAUGGACAGGCCCCCUGGAGGACGUGACCCCCAGGUGGACACGUUCCCAGACGGACACGCCCCCCCCGACGGACACGCCCCCCCCGACGGACACGCCCCCCGACGGACGUGACCCCCCAGACGGACACGCCCCCAGACGGACGUGCCCCCCCGACGGACACGCCCCCCCGACGGACACGGUCUCAGACGGACAUGCCCCCCUCCAGACGGACACGUUCGACGGACACGCCCCCCCCAGACGGCAACGCCUCCCAGACGGACAUGCCCCCCAGACGGACACGCCCCCCCCAGGGGGAAACGACCCCCCAGACGGACACGUCCCCCAGACGGACACGCCCCCCCAGGGGGACACGAUCCCCCAGACGGACACGUCCCCCAGACGGACCUGUCCCCCCCGACGGACACGCCCCCACCAGACGGCAAAGCCUCCCAGACGGACAUGCCCCCCCAGACGGACACGCCUCCCUCGACGGACACGGUCUCAGAUGGACACGCCUCCCCCGACGGACACAGUCUCAGACUGA